AUGCCCACCCAGAAGGAGGUAUUGGCAGCGUUUGUGGCCGCUCGUGCUGCUCUGAAAUGGUCUGCCGAAGAUGACAUCUUUUCUAGGACACAGGAUAUUAUUAAAACUUGUCAAAACCUUGAGACUGCUGGAAAUGUUGAUUGUUUGUGCCAGUUUAUGUGGUCUCUACCAAAGCGUAGUGAUUUGUGGGAGUUGUUGAAUCGUGACGAGGUUAUCCUCCGCUCGCGGGCUCUGAUUGCCUUCCACACCCGAAAUUUCGCUGAACUCUACUCCCUUCUAGAGCAUCAUAACUUCUCCAAGGCGAGUCAUGCAAAAAUGCAGGCUCUAUGGUUGGAGGCACACUACCAAGAGGCCGAACGGCUGCGAGGUCGUGCUCUAGGACCGGUGGAUAAAUAUCGAGUGCGAAAGAAGCAUCCCCUACCUAAAACCAUUUGGGACGGAGAGCAAAAAACUCACUGCUUUAAGGAAAGGACAAGGAGUUUACUAAGAGAGUGGUACCUUCAAGAUCCCUACCCUGGGCCCAACAAGAAGCGGGAACUGGCCAAUGCCACGGGAUUGACACCUACCCAAGUUGGUAAUUGGUUCAAAAACCGUCGGCAAAGAGAUCGAGCAGCUGCUUCAAAGAAUCAGAGAAUACUUCCAACAGAGGAAAGCGACGAAGAGAUCUCCGUGGAUACUAAAGUGCCGCCCUCUUCAAGUUCACCCUUAAUGAAACAUGUGGAGCAGCUCUCCUCUCCUUCAAUCUGCCUGGACGACAUCAAUUUAACCGAACCCAAGCCCCUACCAUCUCCAUCGAAGCCCUCUCCGUUCAGCACUGAGGCUCUGAUUGAUAGAAAGCGCUCCUUUAAAGAGCCCUUUGGAGAAAAAUCGGUUGGGGAUGAGUGGAUAGCACGGGCAAUGCCUAUGAUGCCACCAAUCUCAGUGGCAAUGGCAAACUUGAUUCCGGACUUCAGAUCUACCUCUCUCUCCCAAUGGUAUUUUCAGGCGUCUUGUGCUCUGGCAACCCUCUUACCACCUGAUCUUAUGGGCAUGGUGCCCCAACUUCCCUCUCUCAUGUUUCCCUCACUAUUACCACCCAGCCUUCCCCUUCCACAGUUCCAGGUGGAACAGGCAACCGCCUCCUCCUCAUCCUCCAAGACUCAGGAGUCAGAAGCUGCGGCUUCCUUGUGA